GUCGUAUCUUUCACACUACAAACAGACUCACCAACCAACUCGAAUACGGCAGAUGACGUAACACACCCAGUACACCAUGUAAGCAAUUGAAAAAUCAAAUGUCAGUCUGUGGCGAAUCAACUUGCGUGACCCCGAUGCAUGUUGGGUUGUCCGCUGCAUCUCUGAAGGAUUCGCCGUUGGUUAGAGAUGCUGUGGGAUUCAAGCGAUCCACCCUCAUAGGACAGAGGUUGUGUAGUAGUGCCGUGGAAUAUCAACGCACAUGGCGCGACCCGUCUAGAAUAUUUCCCCGCCACUCGCCGGCACGCUGAAGAGUACUGGAGUAAUGAAGUUCGAUCUCUUUCAUUCACUACCAAGUGAACUUCAUUGCUGGGUUUGAAAUUUGCACGUCCAAGAAGUCUCUUGCGCAAAUGGCAUUCCUCGUUUUUGAAAGCUCCCUGGAUGGAGCUUACUUUACUCUUGUCCUAAUCUUCAUGCCCCUCUGCAUUGUGGUAACGGGCCUCCGGUUCCUGGCUACCAAGCGCAGCGGGCGAAAACCGGGUAUGGAGGAUUGGUUUGCGUUACUUGCUUUGGCUUCAUAUCUGGUUGGCAGUAUUAUAACUGAGAUAACUCUUCCCAUAAUAAAUGGCGAAAAUCAACUAGUCAUGGCGGUUCAAGAUCCGGAACGCUUUGCCCACUUCCGCAAGCUUACGUACACCAACAUCAUGUUCUUCCCAAUCCAGAUGUUCUUUUCCAAGCUUAGCAUCAUGACUCUAUACUACCGUAUAUUUGGUGUAAACCGGACGUACGCGAGGUGUAUCUAUGCCCUAGGUAUCAUACAUGUUGUAUGGGUUAUCUGGACAAUUCUGUUCGGGGCCCUAGAGUGCAAUCCUGUGAGAAAGUUCUGGAUGCCAUUCAUUGACGGCAAGUGUCUACCUUCGGGGAUAAUUGCCGUUCCAACGGAAACCGUCAAUUCGCUCCUCGACUUCGCUCUGGUUUUCCUUGCUAUGCAUAUGAUUCAGUCUAUCAACAUGACGAGGGCAACAAAAUGGAAGUUGAGGGCCCUCUUCGGGGUUGGCGCGAUAGUUGGAAUCAUAGGAUUCAUCAAAAUUGGCAUCCAAUAUACCACCAGUUCACUCUAUAUAUUCACGUCCCUAGGAAUAUGGGCGAAUAUCCAAAUGACUGCCGCGAUCAUUUGCUGCUGCGCACCUGUCUAUAAACCUAUUCUUCCAGAAACAGGCUUUUGGAACCGCCUUGCCUCCAGAAUCAGUAUAAGUAGAUUGAGGAGCAACCGAGGAUCGUCGAGAGGAUCCUCCACUAAGAGUCAAAGACACAAGAAUGAUAGCCAGCCUGAGGGUUGGGCUCAGCUGGACGAGUCCAGCAUGAAAGGGCUUGCAUGGCCAGAACCUCACCUAGCCGAGACGUACGCCCUUAGCGAUUAUGGUCAAGGGGGGACUAUAGAAUCAAAUCAUCCGCGGGGGACCAUAAAAGUACAGAGAAGCGUUGACGUGGUUUGAUUCGGAUGGUGUACGAAAUAUAAAAUGCCUACGUAUCUAGCAAAUAUUAAUGAUGCGAGAUUGCCGUGCCGAA